AUGUUACUCAGCAUACUUUUCUUCUGCAUCGGACUUGUGGGUGCUAGGCCAUCUUCAGAGGGUAUCCCCGAGGAUCCUGGUCUUGCUCGACGCAUCUCGUUGCACCAUCGACAAAUCAAUGACACUAUACUACCCAUACGACGAGACUGUCCUUUCAGUCCUUGGGAUGAGCUUUAUAUUACAGACUUUCUCCAAGAGCACUUCCACGAACUUUCAACGUCUGAUCAUUGCUGGAUAAUCAAGGGUGUAGCAGGACUACACGAACUACUCCAGAGAAAUAUCUCGGCUAACCCCGUUUUAAACGUCACGAUACCGACUUGUAUAUUACUCAACGUUACCAGCAAAGGAAAUGCCUUCUCCAUUGACUUUUCGGAUAACACGUACAAGGUUAAUGGUGUCGAUGAGGAUCAGUUCGUGUUAUUGACAUAUGUGCAUCUACUGGCAUCAGCGCCCAGCUUAUGCAUCAUGAUCGACCGCGCACUCCAGGAGCCUACCAAACGAAAAAUGGAGCGAUGGCAGACAAUAUUCACAGUCAUCUUAUUCGGCCCACUGGCAAUCGCGGGGCUAGUCACUGGGUUAAUCGCCAUGGGAGAUUCAGAUCAUGGAAGAACAGAACACGGAAUCAUCGGUUUCGUGACCAUUGGCCUGGCCGCGAUAUCAGUGCCCCUCUACCUCUACCAAAAGAGACUCAGCUCCCGUCCCGAUCUUACAUUCUACAUGUACCGCCGCCUCAAGUUGAUCAACGGCCUUGACUUCAUUGUCUGUCAAGCCAUCCUCCUCAUCUCAGGCUUCGCCCUCCCAGACGGCAUCGAUGAUUUUGGCAUCAUGACAAUUUGCGGAACAAGCGCGCUCUCUUCGUCGCUCAUUUUCUCUCUGGGUAUGAUCGUGUCGUUUGUGUGGAACUGCGCCAUGGCUACGAUGACGGUCCAGUGGCUACUGGAACGAAGGAUCAGAGGGGGAAGUCUCAGGGAUAGGGCACCACCCUGGAUGCUCAAAAUGCUUCGAAAACGGUCGAACUCGGACAUGACCUUUCAGACCUUUCAAGAGAACCGUUGA